AUGACAACCGAAGAGUCGGUUCUCAAUUCCUUUUUACUCAAUAGUGAACUUACAGAUAACUUAACUCUCAAACAAUUCAUUAACCUUUUUCCUAUAGCAUACAGAAAAAAUUCUCUUAUCAAAACUUUAUAUAGAGAAUUUCAGUUGGAACGUAAUAGAAUUAGAGAAACCAUAAAAGAUAAUAUAGUUGAAGAGUGUAAAAAGCUUGAACAAUGA